AUGUGUCCUCAGCCAUCGCCUCCUGAUCGACAGUACUGCAAUGUGCUGGACUGUCCUGUACGGUGGCAUACUGGCGAAUGGUCCAAAUGUUCCAAGACGUGUGGUGGUGGCCUAAAACAAAGAGACGUCGAAUGCAAGCAAAUAAUGGCCCAAUCUCAUGUUGUGGAGCGUCCAGCCUCUCUGUGUAGCUCACCACGGCCGGCAGCCACUAAAUCUUGUAACUCAAGACCCUGUCUGCUGGAUACAGCAUCACCAGAGAUAUCAUUAGCCAACUCAUCUUAUAUACAACAUGAUCCAAAGAAAAAAAAGGUCACUGUAAAAGUAGGGGGUUCAGCAACAAUAUUCUACGGGACUCAAGUAAAGAUAAAGUGUCCUGUCAAAGGAUACAACAGAACGAAAAUACAAUGGGCUAAAGACCAUCAGAUUAUAACUAAAUCAAAAAAGUAUAAAAUUUCGAAGAAGGGUGCUCUUCGGAUCACGGCACUGUCACUCCGUGAUCAUGGCGUUUAUACCUGUGUAGCUGGCAGAUCCAGCGCCAAUCUUACACUCUUGGUUAAACCAAGACCUGGGGAGUUUCCAUCUAGUGAAGAAAUCGAGAGGCAUAAGCCUUUAGAUGAACCAUCAUCACCGCUAUCUGAUAGCAGAGCAGAUGGGAGAUAUAUAGCAAUGAGAGGUGGAACUGCAGAUGAUCAGUCUCAUGAACAGCGUCCGGGGGACUCCAGGAAGACCUAUAAAAACAGACAAAAAGGCAAAAUAGACAAAGUUCGUGACGCUGUAUAUGGAAACACAGCGACAACAAGCACUAAAGCCUCACCAAGCUUCAAUUCCCGAGAGCGAGACAUGUACGAUGAACACGAGACCCUUGGAAACUCUAGGGGCCAAAGAACUGUGGACUCGAUCAUCAUGUAUCAGAAUUAUGGAGUACCGAAUAAGGCACAUAUCAUCAAUCUGAGAGAUAAGCAGAUAGUUUUUCCAGAAGACGAUGAUUCGGAUAUAAUUAUAAUCAAUGAUGACUAUAAUAGAAAUAAUUUGAUGGAAGAUGGUCGAGUUGAAAGUUUAAAGAACUUUGAAGAAACCACAACUGAAGUCAGGUAUGAAUAUCUCGAUGCACAUGAAUUCUUCUGGAUGACAACUGACUGGUCUCCAUGCGAAGCACCUUGUGGACGAGUCGGUCACCAGAUACGGAGAGCUAUAUGUCAGCGCAAAACAGGAAACGAGACGCGCUUAGCAACUGCAGCUGAGUGCCUCUCCCGUGGCAAAGAACCACCCAGUGAAAUACAAGACUGUACUUUGUCUUGUGCGAAAUGGAAAACUGCGGCAUGGUCGCAGCCUAAAUGUGCUAACAGCGGCGCUGCGGUAGUGCAUCGUCGAGUAGAAUGUAUUAACGAGAACGGUACAGUUGUGGAUGACUCCAUAUGUGACGGCACAACAAGACCUGAAAAGACGAGACGUGAGACCAAACCUUGCCGAGCAACUUGGGCUGUAGGUGCUUGGAGUAAGUGUAUUGGUUCCUGCUCUUCCCGUGGUCGUCAGCACCGCAUUCUUCGCUGUGUGUGGCGCAUCGCAGGUACUAGAAGACGAGUUCGAGAACAUAGUGCUGGAGCGGCCUGUGAGGGCCUUGGCAGACCUCCUGUCGCUAGGGCCUGUCAGGUGCAUCCAUGUUUAAAUAAAGAUGGAGUUUGCCGGGACAGCUCACGGUUCUGUGAAAACGUUCGAGCUAUGAACAUGUGCGCACUCAAGCGAUACAAAGAGCAAUGCUGCAAGACUUGCUCUGAUUGA